AUGGCUGAAGGGAAAGGUAAGGAAGUCAAUAUGGUAGAUUUUGAUGGAAGGGUUCCACAGAAGAGACAACGGUUGGAAGCUUGGAAGCUUCAGUGUGUUUGUUUUCCCCCGACGGAGAAAGACCCUCUUUCAAAUCCUCUCGUAGUAGAAGCAACGGUGGGAACAUUACAAACAAGUAGGGCAUACAUAGACACUGGGGCAGCUACCGAAAUUAUCGAAGGUCAAAAAGAAAGAACUCAACCACUUACCUUUGUGGUUAUCAAUAUUCCCUCAAACUAUGAUGUGAUCAUUGGGAGGCCAGGACAGUGUGCGUUUUACAUGGCUGUGUCCAUCGGCCAUGGCACUGUCAAAUUUCCCACCGAAAGGGGAAUAGCAACCCUUCAACCUUCCCAGGAAGCCUACAUGGUUGAAGGUGAAAAUUCCAAAAGCGAAGAGGACAAGCAAAGGCUAAUCAUAAAUCCUAAGUACCCUGAGCAAAGAAUAAGGGUUAAUCCAAGCCUCUCACAAGAGACCCUCUCAUAUCUCGAAAAGUUGCUAACACACUACAGCGAUGUCUUCGCUUGGUGUCCAGAGGAUAUGACAGGAAUUCCUCGGAACAUUGCCGAGCACAAAUUAAGAAUACCACCAGAUGUCAAGCCCGUGGUUCAAAAGAAAAGAAGUUUGGCACCAGAAAGAAGUUUGGCUGCAUGCCAGGAGGUUGAGAAGCUUGUGUCAUCCGGCAUUCUCCGAGAGGUCUAG